AUGGAAGCAAGUGCAUUGCCGUACUUGCUCAACAUUAAAGAUGGUAAAUGACAUUUUCACAUACUAGAUAUAUAAAUUGAUUUGGAUAAUCUUAGAUUAUCUUACUAUUAGGUUCAAUGCCUUCAAUUAAGAGAUUGUUAAAGUCAUACGACCAUGUGGCAUGUAUCAUCCAGACAUGUUUACUAUUUUGACCGUUUCCACGCAUCCUUAUUUUCAAGUUGUACUUUCAUCUUAUCGCUGUGGCAAUAUUCAAAUAGAAUAUACUACUGUAGUAUAUUCUAUUUGAAUAUUGCCACAGCAAUAAGAGUUUUUUUAUAUUGCACUAGUUAUAUCAACACUCGUGGAAAUUGGGAAAACUUGAAAUUGUGUGAAAACAUCAUAUAUAUUGCCUAAAUCAAAGUUGACAUGAUAUGCCGUUUCAUGCUAAUUUCUGGAAUUUUCAAAGAUGGUAGUUCAACUAUAAAAUUCAAAAGUUCAGUUGUUUGUUCAGUCAAUUUUUUUUAGACUUGGAUGAUGGGAUAGCUUUAAAGCAAUUGCUUGUAGCAGAAAAGGCUUUAUUCCAAAAUAAUUACCCGCAGGUAGUUCUGACGCAUGCUGUCAGCAGCAUGGCAGCCAAUUAUAGCACAAUUAUUGAAAGGUAUGAAGGCUGCUCAGUACCUUUUCUAAAAGGACAACAACCAGUGUCUGGCAAAACCACAGCGCUCAAAGCAGCAUUGGGCGUAUUUGGGAUACAUCGAUGCAUUAGUGGUAAGUAUAUAUAUUAUAUAUAUUUAUUAUAUAAAGUAUAGUGCUUUACAAAGAUUUCGAACACUGAUAAAAGUGAUAGUAUCACAUCUGAGAUUAUUAAUGAUAAUCUCCCAUGUGAAAAUUAUCGCUUUUCUGUAAAAAUUUUCGCUUUUCUGUAAAAAUUUUCGCUUUUCAAAGACUAUCUUCAUAUAACAAACAGAAAAAUACAAUGGUGCUCGUUCGCUGCGCUCACUUGUGAGAUAGCAUGUUCACAACAUGAGUAAAUUCUUAAACACGUCCGAAUUUACCAUUAUGAUAAAUUCGCAGCACAUUUUAAAUUUAUCAUCAUGAUAAAUUCGCGGCACCUAACCCCUAUAAUCUAACUUUUUAAACUUUUCUGAAUAUCUAACUUUUUAAACUUAUUUUUUUCUUUUUUAAAGCAUUUUUAAACUUUUUUUUUUAAAUCUCACAUUACAUAAUUUACACGUUGGCUUGGAGAUAUGACUUUUCUCGUCUGGUGUUAAACAAUAUUUUACUCGCUGCGCUCGUUCGUAAAAUAUUGUUUUACGACUCGAGGAUAAAAGUCAUAUCUUCGUGCUGCCGUGUAAUAUCCUUUAUAUUUUUACAUUAACAGCAAAGUGCCAAAAAAGUUGUUAUGCUUCUAAAAGGCUUUAAUUGGAUGCGAGAUGUACUCCUGUACUGUAAUGUAAUGUAAUGUAAUGUAAUGUACUGUACUAUAUUGUACUGUACUGUUCAACGUUUUGGUUAAAAACCUAGAGACAGUAACGACAUUAUUAACCAACCUAGGUUUUUUUAUGUAGAGUCGACUCAACGGUAUAUUGAAAACAAGCAAUCUGUUUCCACGAUACCUUUUGGCUGGGACGAUGUCUCGAACAUAAAAACGUUAGCGAGUGUGGUCGUGAAUUCUUUUAAUGGAGUAUGUAUUUAAUUAAACCGCCAACUUUGUUAAUCUAUUUCAGUACCGGUAAUAUAUAUAUAUAUAUAUAUAUAUAUAUAUAUAUAUAUAUAUAUAUAUAUAUAUAUAUUGUAUCAGUUUUUCAGGCAGUUUUUAUUGAAUCCAGAAAACGCGCUCCAUGAUGGUAAAAAGCGCUUCAUCAGAUGCAUAGAAUAUUUAUUCGCUUGCCUAUUGAGUCAAUUUCUUUUCUAUUUGUCACUGACUCACCACUGGCAAAAUAAACUCUACAUUCACUGCAUAUAUAUGCAUGACAAGAACACUAAUUUCAUGCAUACAGCAUACUCCGUGCUUUUGGAGAUAGUAUACUUGCUUUUGAUCUUUGUAAUUUUAAACUAUUUAGGGUGGUAGCGCAUCUAUGAAAUCGUGCUUAAGUCUGUUAACGGUUCCGAUGCUAACAACAAACCUAGAAACGUUUGAAAAAAGGUUAGUCGACAAAAUACAUGGCAUGCAUGUGCAGGCCGUUAAAUUGACUCACUAUGACAAUGGUUUGUAAAGAUCACUACGUUACAUUUCUGCAGAAUCAAUACAAGAUUAAUCAGGAUUUCAUUUGAGAAAAUGGAACCGCGAUUAAUUGGAAAAGAGAAGAUAGCGGCUGAAAUCAAUCUUCGUCAAGCUACCAAGAAUGCUUAUAAAAGUGUAGGCAUUGUUACAGCCUACAUCAAUAAUUGCAUAUAAAACUAUACGGAAGAUCCUGACUACUUCGAAAUUGUUAAAGACGUGGAAGACGUUUGUAGAAGUUUGAACUGCGGGAAAGGAAUACUAGAACAAAGAGUGAGCGACAUGAUGAGCCUACAGCUCUUUUGCGCCAAGAAGGUAAUACACUGGGAAAAUAUGUGAAAUCCAUACUAUGAAAUUUGCAAUGGAAUAGUUUAAGGGGUUUGUUUCUCACAGGCUAUGAGCAGAGAAGUAGAACAUCCUUCUUAAACACAAUCAUAAAAAAAAAUUGGAUUUUGACCAAUAAAUGUGGAAAUAAGCUUUAACACGAAAACGAGGCUCCAAGUGUGAAUAGAUAUAUAUCAAUAUACCUAAAAAAUUAGACGUUUAGUACUUAAACGUUUCGAGCAUAGGCCCUUCGUCUGGAACUUAUUAGAAUGGGUCGUGGAAAAUCCUUGUGCUUUUAUAGUGAAUUUCAAACACUCAUUAAUAAUUCAUAAGGUUAUUGGCAAAUCAUGUCAACCACAAUAUGUCACGUGCAGUGGCUUUAAACCUGAUAAAACACUCCUAAUUAGUAUUCUUUAUAUAAAGAAUACUAAUAAGGUAGUAUCUAUUGUAGUCGUGUCCUCAUUCUUACAUAAAGAAUACUAAUAAGGCAGUAAGUAUAUAUCUAUUGAAUUUGUACAUGUAGUCGUGUUUGAAGCCGUUUAAUAAACUCGCAGGACGUGUUUUAUUUGGUCUUUAAUAAAACACUCCUGCUCGUUUAUUAAACAGUACAAAAAAGCAAUUACGUGGUUUAAUUUUUAUUACGAGCAACCUCGUUCCCAGGGCUUUUCCCUUUUUGUCAUUGGGAAGGCGGGAAAAGGCCCUGGCACCGGCCGGUCUUCUAUGUAUUCUGAUUGGUCAAUUACAAGUAUAUUAUUAUGCAAAUAAUGCAAUCUUGGAUUAAUUUAUUCAAACCUCGGGAUAAAUUAACAUUUUCACGCAAGGAGUGUCGAUAAUAUUACUUUGUCCGUCUAAGAAAUAUUUUUGGCAAAAUCUGUGGCAUAAUGGUUAAAUUCGAUAAGAUUUGUACACAAUUUGUCGAAGGUUAGUAUUACUGUUUGUUUUAAACUGUGAGAGAAGAUUAAUUGUGUGCUAGAAUACACCUCUGAGGUUCUGGCCGAGUAUUUUGUGGCGGCGGUAAAUUAGGGCAAAAUUUUCCUUCAUUCAAUCAUGGGCUUCGUGCCUUCGUAUAGCGUUAAUGUUUAUAUUUAUAAAACCAAACUGGGUUUAUAAACUGAAACAUGACCUUUAGUUUUUGAUAUUCUUCAUAGUCGAGUUUAAAUUGGCCUAUUAAAUUUAUAGUUAAUUACCACUACUCUAUAAAUGCGAUGAUAUUUUGUUUAAUUAUUUAAAUAUACAACAGUGUUUGUAACUUUUGAAUAAUAUGUGAUUUGGUUUUGUUUCAGAUACUAUUACAUGUUUCAUUUUACCAUAAAUUGUGUUAAAAAAGUGAUUUGCUCAUUUGGCUGAUGUUACAGUUUUCUGAUGUGUUUUGUUUUGAUGAUAUUAGAACAAUUUCAAUAUGAAAGUGCAGGUGUCUUUAGACAUGAGCCAUAAUGUAUAUAUCAAAAUACUGAUAAAAUCCGUUUCCAGCUUGAUUGUAUUUGCAUUGUUGCAGACAAAGUUGUGCAAUGGUGGGCUUAUGUCACAUACUCGUAUGUAAUUCCAUGUGCAUGCUUGUACUUUGAUGCCUCAAUGCCGAAUGUGUAAUAAAGGACUGUUCACAGGAGUUGGGCUGUCUGGCCUUAAAUUGCAUUGUUUUUAUGAUAUUUUAACAUUUUAUUCAUAUGGCUGGACCAUCUUGUCAUUGCCACAAUGUUUGAUGCUCAAACAGGCUUUAAAAUCAGGUUACAAUGCAUGGUUGAAAAUAUGCAACAAUUUCACUGCUAAUAAUAUUCCAGAAAAUCCUGCCUCUUUGGAGGUUUUCUACUUGUGAUCGGGCAAGGGGAGCUAGGCAAGGGUGCUGGGUCAGAGUCAAACUCAUGUGAACAGCUUCUAACUCCAACUUAUAUUGAUAAUUGUACACUUUGGGAUGGUAAUUGCAAUUUGUAAAAUAUUCCACAUUUUAUUUAAUAAAAUUUAAUUAUAUACAUUGUUUCGUUGUUUAUAUUUUAAAACACCUUGGACAGUGUAUAUUUACACCUUUGGAUCCUGUAAAUAUAUAAACACCUUUGGGGGGUGUACCCAUUCUAAGCCAAAGACGUUUAAGAACAAUUAUCAAGGAAUUUGCAUGAUAAAAUAUAUUUAAAACUGCUCUCCAUAUACAUGUAAUGCAUGGUUCAAUUCUUGCUUUUACCAAGUAAAUCCAGGGAUUUUCAAUGUCCCCCUCCUCCCGUAGAAUUCACUUGAAGUGACUGGGGCAAGGUGGCUAUAACUAUAAGUAUAAGUAGGUAUAUAAAAGUCAAUUAAAAUUUACAAAUACAGCUUUUUGAAUAUAGACCAUUGCAAACAUUUUUUUAAUUUGUUUAACCCUUUAUAGUGGCAAUGUGCCCUACUUUAGUAUAUUACUCCGUCUGGUGCCAGACAAUUUUACUCAAGGGCAGAUUGUAGACUUGCCACAAGUCGACCUCGAACGAAACGUCGGCUCACGCUCGCUGCUUGCGUUUUCUUCGAGGUCGACUUGUGGCAAGUCUAGGCAGAAUGCUGCCACUCAAUGAGUUAAUAUAUUCUCAGAACAGUUACCAUCAAAUUAAAUCUAUUGUGCUGGCAAAAUUGCCUUGGAGGGGGCCUUGAUUUGUUGAGUCUUUUUUCUGGGGGGGAGUGUUGUAAAACACAGAAUAGCAACUGGUUUCAGAAUAGGAAGAAUUGUUGUAAUAGAGGCAAUAUAAUUCUAAGACAAAUCAUCCAAAGGAAGCAAUCAUUCUAGCUCUUAUAGUGUAUGUUGCAACAAGGAUGGAUUUACACGGGGGGGGGAAGGGGUUGGAGGGGGAUGCACCCCCUAGCCCUGGCCAGGGGGGUGCUAUUUUUCAUGAUAAUUAAAGCAAAAAAUUAUUAGAGGCAAAAUGAGAUGCAGUAAUUUGAGUAAUAACAUGAUGAGUGAGCUGUGAACAACAAUUACAAUUCAAAUACAGUAGUAAAGCAAGACUUUGCAGUAGUGAAGCAAGUUGAUGGGCAGGUGGCACACAUGACCAACACGACUCGGCACCAGAGCUGGCAGAGCACCCCCUCCCCCCCCACACCAGAUCAUGCUGGGGAUAUCCCUGUCAGUUGCAAAAUGUAUUUUCUUCAUAGCCAGGCAUUCACAUGAAUGAAGAUUAGAAUUGCAUCAUGUUAUAUAAAUAAAUAUUUAAGAGGGGUCUCCAUUAUUAAAUUAAGAGAUUAAAAAAGGGGUCCCAUGACAUUUUGACAUAAGAAUCUCCCACCCACCCUAGGGUAUAAUGAAUGGUCACUUAAAGUACAUGCCAUCUUCUAACUGUUGGGCACCUUGCCCCUUUUGUGAUGGAAAAUCUAUUCCCUACCUUUAUGCCCUAGGACAAAAUAUUCAAAUCAACUCUCCACCCUGAUAAUGUGCAGAUGGUAACGGCAAGAAUUGAAGCAAGCAAGCUUUACUGGAGUACAUACUAUUAUUAGGAAACAUCAAUUCGCCAACAUUCGAAACAUGUUAAUUUGCCAGUCAUGAUUUUAAAUGUAAUAUUUCUUAUCUCAUAUAGAAUUCUUAAGGUCUUGUUUACAUUUUACUGGAAGCAAACUAAGAUGCAUAUCCAAUAUUUGGGUCAUAUCACUCAUAUGUCAGUUCUGCAGCUUGCCAGCUUCAACAGCAUUUGGCUGCAAGGAAAACGUAAACAAGCAAAGGGCACAUAGCUCUUCAUCUGUGUUUAAAAUAUCAAUGAAUAAAUAUUCCAACCAUUGACACUUUAUAAUAUAAUGCACCUAUCAAUGUUAAGCCCCAGAGGGGGAGUCGGCCAUAGUUGGGGCAUUUGAUUUUUUGAGCAACUUUUCAAUCAAAUGCCCCACCGUCAGGCAAUAAAUAUUGGUCAAAUACCCCACCAUUUUGCAAUAAAUUGCAAUAAAUACUAUAUUAAUAAAAGUCAUUCGGUUCGGAAUGCCCCAACUCGGGGCCAAAAUGCUAAUCAAAAUCCCCAGGGUGGGGUUGCAAUUGAUGAUCAAAUACCCCACAUAUGCCCGAACCCCCCCCCCCCUCUGGGGGUUAACAUUGAUAGGUGCAUAAGUGACAUUCAACAAUAGAUCAAUAACAUAUACAGUACAUUUCCUUGAAUCACUGUAUAAAAUAUUCCUCAUAAACUCGCUCCAAUCGUCGCACAGCAGGGUCUUUGGAAGGGUAAAACCAAGUUUAACAUCCCCAGUUCAAGACACUUUCUGUGUCCUCUUAUAAAGCAAGCCUGUCCAGCUGGAGAACAUCUGUCGUAAAACUAUAAUAAUUUUGGCUGUUAAUUUUGUUUAGCGAACGAACGAUAUUUACCAAACCCAGUUGGAAGAACAGCAACUACAUAGUUCCCAUGUAAUAAAAGCUGAAGAAUUUGAUUUCGAGUACGUCGGUAGCAAAAAGAAGGAAAAAUUUCAAAGACUAAACACAUUUUUAAGCCGCUCUAAGCACUUAAAUUUUGUGGUCACUCUUACGUUGGCGGCCAUCUUGGAUUUUCUAAUUAUUAUUAUAAUUUAUUACACCCACUAUAUCUGGGUGUUGAAAGUCAUGUGACCGGCCGGUGCCAGGGCCUUUUCCCGCCUUGCCAAUGACAAAAAGGGAAAAGCCCUGCGAACGAGGUUGUAUUACGAGAUUCUUUUAUAUUUAAACACGCAUGUAUAGCGCAUGCAUGCCCUUUUCAUAUAUUUAUGCAUGUUCAGACAUGGCUUCGUAUAUAGACUUUGAUGGAUUUUAUAAUAGAUUUUGGAAAAGGUUGGUCUUGCAGAAGAUUACGAAGGCGUUUGGCAAAAGGUGAAGACUGUAAAUCUUCCGAGUUAUAUACCACCAAACAACUACACAACGAACGUUGAGACAACUGGAGCCGCGAAGAGCAGUGAGGAAAGCAUCCGAGAUAUUCUCUACGAACAUCUCAUUCCUGCGAUAUUAGCAGACGAACCACAAAAAGUAAGUUUAAAUGCCCCAAGACCGCUAUAUGUGUUUGAUAAUUAUUAUAUAUUUCGGCGUUAAUUUUUAAGUGCAUGCACGAAACCGGCUGCCUAUCGACAACUUUUUAGGGAAAAUAUUUUUCAGGACGAGUGCGUUGUAAUUGCUUUCCACGGACUUUAUCUCCGUUUUUCAUACCAAAUUUCGGCCCAAAAAAAACAAAUAUCUUGCCGUUAGCGCGGAAAUAUUUAACCCACAAAAAUGACUGGGGCCCAACAAAAAUUUUCCAGGGCCCCAGCAUCUCGGCGCCCGGGGCAAUUUCCCCCCCUCCACCUUCUCGGCGGCCCUGCAUCUCUAUAAGUCCAAUGUUUUGAUUGCCAAAUUCCUCAUUGCCUAAGUGCUUUAAAAUGAAAAGGCCUACCAACUCAUAUAAUUCAUGUAUGGCGGUCUGUCAGAUGACCGCGAUGGUCAUGCCGUAGUUGAAUUUUGAUAUUCUACCUAUAUAUUUGAUUCAACACUCGCAAACCUAAAAAAAGUUCAUGUUUGAGAGUGUUACAGGUAAACUACGUGAAGCGUUCCUCUUUUGACUUCGUAACUCAUUUGGAAUUUUCCUCAUUAGCUUCGCAAAUUUGAAAAACUCUUUGCAAAUCCCUUGAGGGAAUUUGCAAUGUUCCUAUCGGCUGUUGCAAUAUUCCAAACUUCAUUUUAAAUUUUCCUAACUUCCUGUUUUAAUUUCCUAACUUCCUGUUCUGUUCUGAGCGUUGUUAUUGGUCGAUUAUUUUUGUUAGCCAAUUGCAACGCUCAGAACAGGACAGGAAGUUAGGAACUUGUAACAGGAAGUUAAGAACUUCUAACAGGAACUGAGGAAAAUUUUUUUGGCUUUUAGCAACAUUGCAAAUUCCUUCAAGGGAUUUGCAAGGGAGUUUUUUAAAUUGCAAAAGUAAUGAGGAAAAUUGCAAUCAAUUUAGAAACUCAAAAGAGGAACGCUUCACGUAGUUUACCUGUAAAUCACAUAUAUCCGUUAUAUAGGUAGAAUCACAAUUCAACUGGAUGAUUUGUAAAAGUCCGAGGGCGAAGCCCGACAAGUCAUAUGAUCAACGAGGAAAACUAAGUUAACUUUCGGCUUUCAGUUCUUUUGACAUGUAACAUAUGUACAUCAUGAGUGUAUAUUAUUUUAGGUACCUGAAUAUUUCUGCCACAUUUUUAAUCCAACGAAAUGCAUGUGUGGUGCCUCCGUCGUUUUUCACGUUAAGUCGACGAGUGAAUGUUUAAAGAGACAUAUGAACACUAAUGAUAAUACAAUCUCUAUGGAAUCCAUAACGGAUAACUCUAUCAGGAGCUAUAUCAAGAGGAAACAAAUCGGGUGUGUGGGAGUGCAGGCACGAUUUAAAGCUUUAGGGAAACAAUUCAACGCGGCCCAUAUCCAGAGGUUGUGGUUUAAAGAAGAACAUCUUGCUGCAUUAGAUGAAAGUAGGUAGAACAUGUUUAUAUAUAUAUAUAUAUUUAAUUAUUUAUGAAAUAAAGUACAAAACAAACGUUGUUACUCAGAGUUUCAUGCCUGAAUUUACAGACAAUCUUCGGACAACUAAAGUUCUGUUAACUAAAUUUGACGGUUUAAAAAAAACCCCGUAAAAAAAAAACACAAAACCCGGCAAAUUUUAAAACCGUCAAAUUUAGUUAACAGAACUUUAGUUGUCCAAAGAUUGUCUGUAAACUCAGGCAUGAAACUCUGAGUAACAACGUUUGUUUUGUACUUUGUUUCAUAAAUAAUUAAAUAUAUUUAGCUCUACAAUAAAGUAUUGAGCACUCUAUACUAUAUCAAGAAAACUUGAAUUGUUAUAUAUAUAUAUAUAUAUAUAUAGAUAUAGAUAUUUUAGAUAUAUUUUAGAUAUAUUUUAGAUAUAUUUUAGAUAUAGAUAUAUUUUUAUAUAUAUAUAUAUACAGUUUUUCGUUUUACCUCAAAAAACCACAAGAGUCUGUUUCAUCCGUAUAGGGACCUCCUGAUGAUUCCUAUAUGGAUGAAACAGACUGUUGUGGUUGUUUUGAGGUAAAACGAAGAAGUAUAUUACGCUCUAUGGUAUUGAGCACUGUUUAUGUUUCGUGAACCAAAAUCUUAAGCUAUAUAUAUAUAUAUAUAUAUAUAUAUAUAUGUAUAUGUAUAUGUAUAUGUAUAUAUGUAUAUAUGUAUAUAUGUAUGUAUGUAUGUAUGUAUGUAUGUAUGUAUAUAUGUAUAUAUAUAUAUAUAAUAUUCCUUCGCAUACAAUAUUGAGAAAGACAGUUCGUGAAAUUAUACUAUUCGAUGAAUUUUAUAGAAUUUGGAAAUAAAGAUGGAAACAAGCGGCAGAGUAAACUUGAAAGUGUACUUGCAAACGUAGCACCGAGUGGGAAUUCUUCAGUAAUACAUAUCAAUGUAGAAGGGUCAUCUGACGUUCAUCCCAAAACAACGACGGUAAAUCUAUCUGAGGUUCCACCCACAACGACGGUAAACCUAUCUGAGGUUCCACCUGCAACAACGGUAAACCUAUCUGAGGUUCCACCCACAACGACGGUAAACCUAUCUGAGGUUCCACCCACAACGACGGUAAACCUAUCUGAGGUUCCACCCACAACGACGGUAAACCUAUCUGAGGUUCCACCCACAACGACGAUAAACCUAGAUGAUGAUCCACCUGCAACAACGAUAAACCUAUUUGAGGUUCCACCCACAACGACGGUAAACCUAUCUGAGGUUCCACCUGCAACAACGAUAAACCUAUCUGAGGUUCCACCCACAACGACGAUAAACCUAGAUGAUGAUCCACCUGCAACAACGAUAAACCUAUCUGAGGUUCCACCCACAACGACGGUAAACCUAUCUGAGGUUCCACCUGCAACAACGAUAAACCUAUCUGAGGUUCCACCCAAAACAACGGUAGACCCAUCUGAUGUCGAAGGUAAGUCCAAAUAG